AUAGUAGAAAUUUAGAAUGUAGAUAUACUGUAAGUCGGUAAGCUAAAUUUAUGGACAUAAUUUGUCUAUGGCUAAGUUGUAAACUUGCAUAGUUUAGUUGUAUAUUUUACACUUAUAUUUAUCAUUUUGUAUAUUUUUAAGAGGAACCAAUUUCUUUAAACUAAAUGAUAAAUUAUAAUUUAUAAUACAUUUUUUUUAAACAUAUAAAUAACCGUCAAGCAUGUCGAUAAACCUAUUAAAAUAUAUUAUUACAAAAAGUUGUAUUAGCAGCAGAGUAUAUAAUAUGAAAUAUAUGAGUACAGUAAAUAAUGAAAAGCUCAUUAAAGUAACUUUUAACAAAGCUAAUGGCGAUAAAAUUACUGCUGAAGGCAAAAAAGGAGAUUCUUUGUUGGAUGUCAUUAUCAAUAACAACUUAGAUUUCGACGGAUAUGGAGCAUGUGAAGGUACACUAACAUGUUCAACAUGCCAUGUGAUUUUAGAUUCAAAGGAUUAUGAUGCAUUACCUGAUAAACCAUCAGAUGAAGAAUUAGAUAUGUUAGAUUUAGCAUAUAACUUAACUGAUACAUCUCGAUUAGGAUGUCAAAUAAUUUUAGAAGAAAAAUUAGAUGGCUUAAAAGUCAAUGUUCCAGCUACAGUUAAUGAUGCUAGGUAUAAUUAAAACAUGCAUUUAAAAAAAUAUUAUUUUAGAAAAAAACCUUUUUUUAUUAACUAAGUUUCUAUAGGUAUAUUAAGAGAGAAAGAAUGUUUAGAAUUUUUUCCGAGAAAAAAUUAAUGUAUUUAUGGUUUAGAUUUAUUUUAUUUUAUAAUUUAAAUACUUAAAAUCACUUAGAAAAUAAUGCAGUACUAAAAUUGACAAUAUUAUAAUAUAUAUAUAAUAUACAAUAGGAAUUGUUUACAACAACAUUGAAUACCUAUUUAUGGUAAAUUUUAAAUAAUUUUUAAUUCUUUAUAUUUCUUGUAAGUAAAAAGAUUUUAUUAGCAUUGGCCAUUAUGUUGUUGAAACCAUUUUUUUACAUUUUUAUUUUAACUUGAAUAUACUAUGUAAUUCUUGUUUAGUCACACAGGGUACAUAUUAUAAUCCCUAUGAUUUGAGUACAAAUAUUCACUAAUGGUAGAUUGGUAGACCAACUUUUAUGUACCUACCAUGGACAAGUAUGCUCAAGAUUAUUCACUAUCAUUUUUGGAUUAGUUUUUUACUCUUAUACACUUGUGUAGUUGUGUCAAAGUUACCUACGUAUAUUUGUAACUUAUAGAAAAAUUAUAAAAAAAAAUUUUUAUCUUUUUUAUCUUAAAUAAUUAUAUCUUAAGUUAUAUUAUUAUAUUUUUUAAACAUUUUACUUUGUUGAAUAACAGCUAUACAGUUUUCUAAGAUUUAUGAUUUUUGGGUUUAAUUUAUAUACAUUAUACUCAUUAUAGAAUAAUUUUUUAACAGUUAAUUUAAAUUAACUAUAUAAUGUUUCAAAAUAUACAUUAAUAAAACUAAAAAACUAAUUAUAAAUUACUUGAAUGAUUUAGAACAUUAAAUAGUAUUAAGGUACAAUUAUACCCUAUGAGACAACUGAUGUUACAAAAUAUUAAAUUACUAAUAGGUGAUUAAUAAGAUGGUAUUAUUAUAUUUGUGAUAAGUGAUACCCAAUAAUAAUUUAUCGAAGGAGUUUUUAAAUAAUUUUGUUAAUUUAUAUUUUUUUGUAUGUAGGUAGUUUAUUGUGCAUCUUACCUAAAUAAAUUAGCAUAACUAAUUUAAUAUGUAUUAAUAGUUUAUAUAAAAUAUUUAUAUUUUUUAUUAUUAUUUAAUAUUUAAUGUAUUUUCAUGUAUUUACAAAAUAUAAAUUUUUAUUUCAGAGACUAAAAUAAUGUAUGUAAAAUUACAUUUAGCUAUAAACAUUGUGUAUGUGGAAUGUUAUCUCCGUUGUUGCAAGUAAAUAUAUAUGUAUAAAAA